AUGACGCGCAAAUCGACACUCAACAGGGAGCGCAACGCAACCGCCCGCACCCUCGAUCAGCCGAUUCUUAUUGCGCUUAUAAGUGUUAUAAGGGUCGGCCGAUCUGAAUCGCCCAAUCCUUAUGAACAGGCGCACAUUGCUGCAGAAAAUCAGCGUUUGCGGGUCAGCUCCAGAGUAACAGACCGUGCUAUGGCGCUUUGCGUUGUAUUUAAUUGUGAUCGUAAAGAGCAUCUCAACUAUACAAUUUUAGCCAGUAAACUACGACAACAGCAGCUGCCAGCAUGGCAGCCAAUCCUCACAGCGUCCACAGUCAUACCAACAGUAAUUGGCAUCGGUAUCAUCUUCAUUCCCAUUGGUGUCGCACUAUUUCUUGCUUCCGAAUCAGGUGCGUGUGCUUUCACCGUUUUACAAACCAGUUUUGUCAUGAUCUGGCGCAGCCCAAAUCCUAAGCAAGUAAUCACGGGCAUAGUGUAA